UUCGAUUAGAUUAGUUUUAAAUUGCUGACAAACUAAAAUUAUGAAACGAACGAAUAACAAGUGCUUCGCCAACAGAUCGCAAUUGCUUGUGGCAGUAAUUCGAUUGAUUUAGUGUCUUGUAUAACGUUUACGUCGAACUCAAAUAUGAUUUUACGAAAUCAAAUAGGGACGAAUUUUUCGUGGCUAAUUUUAUUUUACAGUGUUUCCGUCUUUGGAAUUGAAGAUAAUACAAAAUUAAAACUAGAAAUGAUCCAAGUGAUAUUAUGUUUAGUUAUUCCGUCAUGGUGCUCGGACGCCUGUAGCUUGUGAAGCAAAAUUGGUAUCUAAUGGCAAUAAUUCACUGUACGAUCCUUGGGGAAUUGCUCAAUUAACAAACAACGGCAUGAUGCAAGAGUACAACAUUGGUAAAAUGCUUCGAGACAGAUACAAAAGCUUUUUGCCAGACUUGUACAGACAAAAAGAUGUGUACGCAUAUGCAUCUGACACUUCAAGAACCCAAGCAUCGCUUCUUUUAGUUUUGGCUGCACUUUAUCCACCAACAAAUCAAUUGAAAUGGAAUAACAAAUUGGAUUGGCUUCCUAUUCCGAUACAUUCCAAUCCUAGGCGUCUAGAUAUUCUGAUAAAAUCUCGAAUUUGUCCUACUUUUGGACAAGCACUGCAUCAAUUGUUGAGCACUAAGGAGAUGUUGAGUUUGCUCGAAAAGCACCGCCCAGUCAUUGAAAAAAUGAGGGAAGUUUAUUGGAAAUCAUUCAACCUGCGCGAUAUCUUUUGUGCUUACAAUGCAAUAAAAGUACACAAAGAAAUGAAUUUACCAAUGCCAAGUUGGUAUACGGACGAGUUAUAUUCUGAUUUGAACGAAGCGAAAGAGUUUUAUCUGAAUGCUUUGUCUUACACUGAUAUUUUGAAAAAAUUAAACGGUGGGCCUAUAGUCAGAAGGUUUUUGAAAAAUAUGAACGACACGCAUUGGAAAACCAAUAAAAGGAAAAUCUAUCUGUACAGUGCUCACGAUAAAACUCUUCAUGCUUUUCUGAAAGUACAUGAUGUAUUGGAUGUGAAACAGCCCAAAUAUGGAGCUACAAUAAUUUUAGAAAAAUAUCGCGGGGAACAGAAUCAAAGUUACGUUAGAUUCUUGUAUUGGCCUUGCGGAUCACAAGAAAUCGAAACCAUUACAUUAAAAACCUGCACGGAAAUGUGUCCUUUUAAAAAUUAUGUAGAAAUCAUAAAACCACAUUUGCCAUCCGAUGAUGAUAUGCUUUGUUUGUAUAAAAAUAUUCAACCAGAGAUAAUGGAAGGAAUAAUUAAUCCAGAUACAACAAUCGCUGGAGUAAAUAAGAACUAUGUGGUUUAAACGAAUAAACGAUAUAAGAUUUUAAAAAAAUUUUUUACUU